GUCUGUCACUCACUGGCUGCUGCUUUUCUUCCUCAAUUUUGUCCGUUUAUUUGUAUUUUUUUGACGGUCGUCUGUUGUCCACUUCUUAUCGAGGCUCGGCUAACGUCAAAUACAUCGGGACAAGAGUCACAAAUAACGGUUUCCUCUUGCUAGUUAGCUCACAGUUACAGUGGUCUCUUCUUCUAAACUAGUUAGCAUAGCAGUUAGCAUGAGUGCUCCUUCACUUCCCACUCUCCGCUCCCCGACUUCCAUUAAUGUUUCACACGCGUUUAUGGAAUGCAUCUUAUCUGCCGCAGUGGAUGUGAGUUUUGGUGGGAAAACAAGUAAAGACGUUAGACACGUCAGGUAGCCACUAGCCAGCCCUAAUAAUAAAUAAAUCGGUUCAGGGAAGCUAGCGUGCCUGCUAACAAGAUUAGUGCUCCCCCUAGAGGACAGGACAAAAUGUUGCCUCAUUUCUUAUUGAUACAAAGUUAAGUGUUUACUUUGAAAUAUCGACAGGUGACAAAAGUAGUCACAGUCGGUUCUCAAGUAGAAGUGCAGGUACACUAGUAAAAGAAGUACACAACUGAUUUCACUUCUUAAUUUUUUUUCACUAUUAUUCUUCAGAAGCUGGUGAUUUUUAGGUUGAUGCAAGACAACUUAUUCUCAACUUUAUUAAUAGAGCACUUCAAAAGCACUCAAAUGAAACAACCACAGCUGAAACUAAAGUGCUGUGCAUGAAUUCAAAUCAAACGCAAAUAUUAAAUAAAAUAUUCCUUUUUGAUUAAAAUAUUGUUGAAAUAAAACAAAAUCAGUCAGGACUAUAGAAACACUCCAGCAGCGCCUCAUUUGAGUCUUGAGACCAAACUGUCACAGUCCCUCGGUUGGCUGCCUGAUGUUCCACCAGUUGCUGGUCACAAGUGCACGAGUUAAUCUGACACAGUUGGUAUGUCACCGAAUUCCCAAAACUCCACCUUGACUGCGACCGGUUAGUCAUUGGCUGCAAGGAAAUCUUGACCGUCUCGCAUGACAACAUGGAUUUGCAGUACAAAUACAUCUAUGAGCUGUUGUUCAGUGUGCAGGUGGUCUUUGCGGUGGACUCUGUGAGACUCCUGAAUCCCCCCGAGGAGCCCGUUCCAGAUCUUCCUUUGGAGGUUUUCUACUCAUGUGAUGCACCUUCCACUGUGCAACUGGACUGGACUGUGACCUUCGACAUUGGCGAGAGUUCCACAUCCUUGCUGAGACGAUGGCAUUGCGUCCCGGGAAAACCCAGAAAAAGGACUCUCAAGGUGACCCUACCCGAUUGGUUGCUUUACAGACCGGACGCCAUCGUUCCGGAGUCCCGGUGGGUGUUGAGUUGCAUGCUGGGAGCCUCGGUCAGGUACAGGAAAGUCGACAGUGGCGAUUGGAUGGUCGCAGCGCAACACGUUGCAACUUUACAGUCCCGACUCGUGUAUAGUCGGCCCGUCAAAAGGCAUCAGGUCUGCUUCGCUUGGAGUGCGACAAUGCUCUCGUUCGCUCGAGACCGAGCAAGGAAACAUUGCCUGGUGGAGCAAGAAACGGUGCCUUUGCUGUCCUCGAUCUUCGCCUCCACUGGGGAAAAAUUCGGCAUCGUCAAGAAUCUUCGGCCCUACGCCAGCGACGUUCUGGAGUACCUUCGAAUUCACGCCCUCGCAUUCCCCUGGUCCAAGUUCUCCGUCUGGAUAUUGGUGACCCGACACUGCCAGGAUAGCUCGUGCGGGGUGCUUCACCACAUUGACUCCCAGAACAACUACGCAACGCCCACUGUGCUCCUCACUCAAUCAGGUCGGCUGCAUGUCCAAGUGCACGGCGGGCCGGGGGAAUCCACCGCCAUCCUCUUCCCGCACGAGGUGCCCUUGAGCAAGUGGUGUCACCUCACGGUGACGUUUCAAGGCAGACAGGUUACUAUCGCCACUGUGUGCUUGGGCAAGAAGUCAAGAACGGUGAAGUCGACAGAGAACAGGCUGAGCCAUGACAUCAGGCUGGACGACACUGAUGGAUACUUUGUGAUCGGAGGGGGUCGAUACGUUAAAGGCGUCGAAGGUUACUUUGGACCCUCGUUUUACGAUCGGAAUAGAGCGUCGCCUCAAAGCUCGUCAGAAGUUGUUCUUCCGGACGUCAUCGCAGAAGUGAACCUAACUGGGUGGAUGCACGCCUGUGGAGAAUUUUCUCACUAUAUAAACCAAAGCAUCCGUUUCUACUCCCUCCUGGCCCAUCAAAGCAAAGAGUCAAGCAACCGUUUGGAGAUGUUCCACAAUGAGAAACAGAAAUAUACGCUGAACACGUGCGAGCUGUGGGAGGGGGCAGUUCCUCAAUAUGUCACCAAAAUUGUACAGUAUUUGGCUUUCAAACGUGGAAGAAGAGCAGUGAGCCCUGACGCGGUGGGCCGAGCGCUGUAUUCUCUGUCCCUUCGCAAACUGGACGGCGUGAGCAGCAUGCGAGCCUUUGCUCAAGUUUUACCUCUGCUACUAAAUGCCAGCUGCUUGAAUAACACUGCAGCUCUGCACAUGUCAUCGCUCAUCUACAGCUUGGGUCUGGGGGUGGAGAACGAGCCCAGUAAGGCGUGGCUGCUGGCCCUGUUGGCGGCCCAGAAGGACCAUCGACUGGCUCUGCUGCGACUAGGCCACCUGCACCACCGGGGCCUCCGGGGGGUCCUCGCAGACGAGGACGUGGCCUACGCUUACUACGCCAACUUGGCCAGACAGACCACGCGGGACCGGCAGAAUCCCUCGCCGGAGCAGGUAUACGUUGAGGACAUCUACCUGCACGACGACGAGAUCCUCAACCUUCAGACCAACAAAGACCAUCACAUCUUCCAGUGGCUGAAGCUUCAGGCGUACCAAGGUGCCCCCGAUGCCGAGCAAGCCCUGGCCCGCAUGCUGUUCUGGGGUCAGCAGGGAGUGUCGCCCAACAUCGAGGCGGCACUGAGGCACUACGAGAGGGGGGCGGUCCGCCUGGAGGACCCCGUGUCCAUGUACGACUUUGCCAUCGUACUUCUGCAGGGCCACGGUGUCCAAAAAGACAUUCCCAAAGCCAUCAAGUUAUUGAAGAAAGCAAUGGACAAGGGUUUCGUCCCCGCCAUCAGCGCGCUGGCCUGGUACUACGAGCGCCUGGAGCUCGACUACGAAAAGGCGGUGGAGCUGUGGGAGCGGGCGGAUGACCUCGGGAGCCCGGACGCCGCUCUCAACCUCGGGAUCGUGCACUCCCUCGGGCUUUACCCGCAGAGACCUGCCGACCAGUACAUGGCGUACAAGUACUUCCUGAAGGCUGCCGAGCGAGGACACAUCAGGGGAGCGGCGGAAGUCGCCGACGUCUGGUCCACCGGGCUCGCCGGUCGCGUCAGUCGCCGUCCGUCCGAUGCUCUCUUAUGGGCAAAGUGGGCAGCGGAGCAAAACGGAUACCUGGGUCGUCUGCUGCGGCGAGCCCUGAACGCCUUCCUGAAGAGUGACCUGUUUGGCUCGCUGGUUCAUUACAUGAUGGCCGCCGAACUGGGCGUUGCGGUGGCCCAGUUUAACGUGGCAUAUCUGUGUGAUCAAAACGAGGGCGAUUUCCUGGCUCCUGCUUUUGCACUGCACUGCAAGAGAAGAUAUUAUAACCUCACGGUCCACAAUCCGAAACCUGAGCCUUACGCCUUCCUGAGGAUGGGCGACAUGUGGUACGACGGCCUGGUGGACGGCCGCAAGAGGUUGACUCCUGCCGCGCAGAUGUACAAACUGGCGGCGCUGCGCAGCGAGCCGCAGGGCUGGUAUAACCUGGGGUUGCUCGCCGAGGAGGGCUACAGGCUGCCAAUGCCGCUACUUAUGGAGCUGGGCCUUUCCCAGUUUUACUUGGCAGACGACGCUGAGCUUCGAACUGCUUUGUACAAAAGGUGUCGAGACUCUGGCAUUUCCGACUCCUACGUGCCUUGCAGCCUGGCUCUACUCAAAGUGCAUCUGCAGGUCUUCCAGAAGGAAUAUAGUACGGCUAUCAAGUACGUCGUCACCGUUGUCGCAGCUGCACCGGUUGUCCUCGUGGUCCGAGGCCUCGUCGGCCGACACGUCCUCUCUUGACGCGAACAAGAGCUGCGGCAUUCAGAGUCGAUUUUGCACGUUGAUCAUCUUCAAAUGUUGAUGGUUGCCCAAACAAAUGUUGGUACACUGUGAGUUCAACUGUU